AUGUAUCAAGUUGCUGUCCUCCUUGUCCUCAACUUUCUGGGAACUAGCAUUCUUGGUCUGCAAAAUGAGACUCAGAAGCAGGCCACUAGUGUGAAGAAUACUAUCAUAUUUAAUGCAUUUGUCUUCUGCCAAAUUUUUAACGAGUUCAAUGCUCGAAAGCCUGAGGAAAUAAAUAUCUUCAGUGGAGUGACUAAGAACUACCUCUUUAUGGGAAUAAUAGGAAUUACAUUAGUACUUCAGAUACUGAUCAUUAUGUUCCUUGGAAAGUUUACAAAAACAGUGAGACUAUCAUGGCAGCAAUGGCUUAUAUGCUUGGGUAUUGCCAUUGUCAGUUGGCCUCUUGCUGUUAUUGGAAAACUAAUUCCGGUCUCGAAGACACCAUUGGGCGAGUUCUUCAGUCGGCCAAUUAAGCGAUGCAGAAAUUCUCGUAACUCCUAA